AUGCCCCCAGAUAGCGCCUCAUUCACGGCCCUAAACCUACCCCCGACCUUCGAACUCCCCCAAUGCAUGGAAUACUUCACAUUACCAGCAGGCCCAAACACAGACCUGUGGCGCAAACCACCAAAUGGCGACACAUCCACCGCCCCAAUCGUCUUCACAAGCCUCCGCCACCCCUUCGUCGUAGCCGAAGUAACCGUUAGCGCAGACUGGGAACUGGAAUGCGACCAAGGCGGGCUUGUCAUCUUCGCCGGUGCUGCCCCACAAGCGCAAUCCGCACUCUUCUCGGAGGUAGACGCAGCGCACGCACCAGCAACAGCGCCAGGCUGGCGAGCGGGAGCCGGGGCCGGGGCGGGAUCCGCGGGUUCUAGCCCGCGCUUCCCGUGCAAAUGGGUCAAGGCUGGCAUGGAGUUUUCGUCGGGGAGUGUUAAUGCUUCGUCUGUCAGUGCGACUGCUGAUGGGGCGGAUUGGUGUCUUUCACCGCUGGGGUCUGCGGGGACUGGGAUGGGGACUGGGAUGGGCGUUCACUCAUUGCGCAUCAAGCUUGAGCGUGUAGGAUAUGCAUUGUGGAUUUGGUACCAGGUUCCGUCGGCUUUGCCGUAUGCUCUGUCGCCUGGGGCGGUGGGGAGUACGUGGAAGAAGCUGCGGGAGGUGACCUGGUUCUUUUAUGGGGUUGAGGAUAAGUUUGUGCAUGUUGGCGUUUAUGCCAGUCGGCCGACAUGUUUUUCGCGUGGUGAGACUAUGUGGGAUGCUAUGCACGGCAUGACUCUUGAUAGUUCACUGCCGGCUAGUUCGGGGGAUGGGUUGGUUGUUGAGUUUGAGGAUCUGGAAAUCUUCUAG